AUGAACAAAAACAAGGGCAAUCUUGCCACCGGAAAGAGACAAAAAGGGCAGACCACAUCACAUCGAAAAAGGGCUGAAGAUCUGGUCGUAACUCACCUGCAGCCUCCGAUGCUCAAAAAUGUGGAUAUGCGCAAGCUCGCGUUAAAUCUGCCAUGUCGCCAGUUGAUCAAGAAGCGAUUCACCAAUCUGCCAACACCCGCCGGCUUAUUCAGUCAGCUGGGAUCAGGUCUCCGCCUUCGCAUCUUUGCACUGGCCUCCACUUACUCGGCGCCAUUUCGAAUCCAUAGCUUUCGCGGUAAUGGCAAGCUCGCCCACGGCCCGUACCAUAAAAACAACUUGACGCAGGUCGCCGAUGCUAGAGCUUUGAGCGCAGUCAGCAGAGCCGUACGACACGAGACGAACAUGAUGUUCUAUCGAGUCAACACCUUCAACAUCAAUCACGAUCCACAUCGUUCUGGCAACGACGCGACAUCGGUAUUGAAGCGCUUCCGAGAAACGAUUGGCGAAGAGGCGUUUUCUCGCAUCCGAGCACUAGGCUUCAUUGCCUAUGUUUCCAACGAACGGGCUUCGCAGAUGCUGCCACCACCUCAGGAUCUGUGUAUUCAAAUCACGGAAGCCUUGAAAGCCAUGAUCAUCGCUGGCGGCAUAUACAGCUUGGAGAUACAGAGCGUCAGUGCGAAGCUCGAGGUCUGCAUUGCUAUCGAUGGCCAUCAUUCUCACCGAAACGUCCCGAUCGAUGAUAAUGACCUCGUGAGGGCCUUGGAGUAUAAGACACGGUUCAUGACAAGUAUUGAGCUCUCGCUGAGACUUGCUGCGUAUACCUGGGAACGACAUCUGGCCAGAUGGAUGAAGAUGGCCGAUGAGGCAGCGCAAAAUGGAGAUGAGGUGAAGCGAAGAGGUAUCAGCGAGGUUGUGGUGAGUAUGUCCACUGCGAGAGAGAGACUACGGACCAUGCUGCCUUUGCAGAGCCGGAUAUGA